GAGACAAUUGGGCUGUAUAUAAGGAGGGUAGAAACUUCAUCGAAGUACGGGGAAGACCCAAAAAGACCUCAGGGACAGUCAACGGACGACUCUCCUCUCUCUCAUCCCAAGCAGGAACGUCUUUGUGAACCACCUGUCAUGUCAGAGAAGUUACAUGUCCUUGGGGGCUUCUCUCCCCCCGAACCUGCUACUGAAAGAAUCCAGGAUAUCACCAACGCGGUGAAACUGCAGCUUGAAGUCAGGGUAAACAGGAGAUAUGACAUCUUUAGAGCCAUACUCUACAGGAUUCAAAUAGUUGCUGGGGCAAAUUACUUGAUUAAGGUCCAAGUUGCUGAUACUGAAUAUGUCCACUUAAUGGUGUUUGUGGGCCUUCCUCCGGAGAACUUAUAUCCUGCCCUUGUCAGUUUUCAGACUGGCAAGACCAGAGAUGAUCCUCUGGACUACUUCUGAGCCACGAUGAGGGCAGUGCCUCACUUCUACAAGUCACGUGGGGGUUCUGACCAUGACAGUAAAUGCAUGAAAAUAAAAUAAAGCUUGAAAGCUAUU